GCUGCUCCGGGUCGGGUCCAGCGUCUGAGCUCCGAGCUUUGGCUGCCCCGGGCGGUGGGCGAGCGGAGGGGAUCCCAGGGACGGCAGCGCCGGGCCGGGCCCGGGAGCCUCCUGCUGCCGGCGGGGAGCGCGGGCCGCCGAGGGAUCGGCCACCCGGAGCCACGAGCCAGCACGGUGCCGCAGCGAUAACUUCAACUUUUCAACUGCUUCCUGGUGAUUUCUCAAACCUGAUGUGUGCUGUACAUGAAAAACAAACUGCUUCCACAUUGAUCAGCAAGUGCUGGCUCCCGGGACUUCAUCUGUUGUCAGCUUUCUGCUCAUCUCUACUGGGAAAAAAACUCGUUUAAAUGAACUCAGUGUCUUCUUAGCCCAGAACUAGUGUUGUGAAACCUGAGAAUUUGGCUGUGAUACCACGAUAGGAAGUUCCAGUGACUUGGGGCCAUAUCCAACCUAGAUGAACUCUGGACUUCCAGAUUUCCUGAGAGCCUGGUACUGUACACACACUGCUUGCUUGUUUGGAACAGGUGAUCAUGCCAUCUCUGCCUCAAGAAGGGGUUAUCCAGGGACCCUCCCCCUUGGACCUGAAUACAGAAUUACCUCUUCAGUGCACCAUGAAAAGGAAAGUCAGAAAAAAGAAAAAGAAGGGAAUCAUUACAGCAAAUGUUGCUGGGACCAAGUUUGAAAUUGUUCGUUUAGUAAUAGAUGAAAUGGGUUUUAUGAAAACUCCAGAUGAAGAUGAGACAAGUAAUCUUAUAUGGUGUGAUGCUGCCGUUCAGCAGGAGAAGAUUACAGAGCUGCAAAAUUACCAGAGGAUCAACCAUUUUCCAGGAAUGGGGGAGAUCUGCAGGAAGGAUUUCCUAGCAAGAAAUAUGACUAAAAUGAUCAAGUCUCGGCCUCUGGACUAUACUUUUGUUCCCCGGACGUGGAUUUUCCCUUCUGAAUAUACUCAAUUCCAAAACUAUGUGAAAGAAUUGAAGAAAAGACGGAAGCAGAAAACUUUUAUAAUAAAACCAGCUAAUGGUGCAAUGGGUCAUGGGAUUUCCUUGAUAAGAAAUGGGGAUAAAAUUCCAUCUCAAGAUCAUUUGAUAGUUCAAGAAUACAUUGAAAAGCCUUUUCUGAUGGAAGGUUACAAGUUUGAUUUACGAAUUUAUAUUCUGGUUACAUCCUGUGAUCCACUAAAGAUAUUUCUCUACCACGAUGGGCUUGUACGAAUGGGAACAGAGAAGUACAUUCCACCGAAUGAAUCCAACCUGACACAGUUAUACAUGCAUCUGACCAACUACUCUGUGAACAAGCAUAAUGAGAGAUUCGAACGCAAUGAAACCGAAGACAAAGGCAGCAAACGUUCCAUCAAGUGGUUUACAGAAUUCCUACAAGCCAACCAACAUGACGUGUCUAAAUUCUGGAGUGAUAUUUCAGAGUUGGUGGUAAAGACUCUGAUUGUAGCUGAACCCCAUGUCCUGCAUGCCUAUCGAAUGUGCAGACCUGGUCAGCCUCCAGGAAGUCAAAGUGUCUGCUUUGAAGUCCUAGGGUUUGACAUCUUGCUGGAUAGAAAGCUGAAGCCAUGGCUUCUGGAGAUUAAUCGAGCCCCAAGCUUUGGAACUGAUCAGAAGAUAGACUAUGACGUCAAAAGGGGUGUUCUAUUGAAUGCACUACAGCUGCUUAACAUCAGGACCAGUGAUAAGAGGAAAAACUUGGCCAAGCAAAAAGCAGAGGCUCAACGGAGGCUGUAUGGUCAAAAUUCAAUAAAGAGGCUUUCACCAGGUUCCUCAGACUGGGAACAGCAGAGACACCAGCUGGAGAGGCGGAAAGAAGAGUUGAAAGAGAGACUCGUUCAAGUACGGAAGCAGGUUUCGCGAGAAGAACACGAGAAUCGGCAUAUGGGGAAUUACAGGCGAAUUUAUCCUCCUGAAGAUAAAGCACUACUUGAAAAGUAUGAGAAUUUGCUGGCUGUUGCCUUUCAGACCUUCCUUUCGGGAAGAGCAGCUUCGUUCCAGCGGGAGUUGAAUAAUCCUUUGAAAAAGAUGAAGGAGGAAGAUAUUUUGGAUCUUCUGGAACAGUGUGAAAUUGAUGACGAAAAGUUGUUGGGAAAAACUACCAGAGUCCGAGGACCAAAGCCUCUGUGUUGUAUGCCAGAAUGUGCAGAGGUAACGAAGAAGAAGUACUACUGUAGCAGUGAGAGCAGCUGUGACAGCAGCAGCAGCAGCUCAGACAUGGACGAGAAUGAAAAAGAGCUGUGUCAAAAUAAGAGAGGUGGUCACAUCCCAUAUCACCUUAAGCACUCCAGUCACUGCAAAUUAAUUCAACAACCUAAUUCCAUGAGGCGUUCAGUCAGCUGCCCUCGGUCCAUCUCUGCUCAUUUAGUCUCCAGUGGAGACAUGCGUCCCUUUUCUUCUCAUCAAGUGAUACCGUUAGCACGACCAACUUCAGCGUCUCGGUCUCAUUCCUUAAACCGUGCCUCCUCCUAUACAAGACACCUACCUAGUGGUAAUGAUGCCAGCUCUACCAGCUCUCUGUUGAGCGAGUCUUUGCAGCAACUGAAAACCAAAGAACAGGAAGAUGACCUGACAAGUCAGACCUUGUGUAUUCUCAAGGACAUGAGGAUCCGCUUUCCAGGAAAAUCAGAUGCAGAAUCAGAACUUCUAAUAGAGGAUAUCAUGGAUAACUGGAAGCAUUAUAAAACAAAAGUGGCUUCAUACUGGCUCAUAAAAUUGGACUCUGCCAAACAGCGGAAAGUUUUGGACAUAGUAAAAUCAAGUAUCCGCACGGUUCUUCCACGCAUCUGGAAGGUCCCCGAUGCUGAGGAAGUAAGUUUAUAUCGAAUGUUCAACCGGGUUUUUAACCGCUUACUCUGGAGUCACGGCCAAGGACUAUGGAGUUGUUUCUGUGAUUCAGGAUCCUCUUGGGAGAGCAUCUUCGGUAAAAGCCCUGAGGUGGUGACCCCUCUGCAGCUCCAGUGUUGCCAGCGCCUGGUCGAGCUUUGCAAGCAGUGCCUGCUAGUGGUUUACAAAUACACAACGGAAACAAGAGGACCCAUCUCAGGCAUUGGUUCCGACUGGGGUAGCACCAGGCAUUUGGUGCCAGGAAGUACCCAGUUCUUCAUGAGAUCAUCGUUGUACAACACGAAAUACAGUUCAUCUGCAAUGACUCGUUCCAAUGUUUUGUUCACGUCGCAAUAUGGCCAUUUGUGAAGCUGAGUGGAAGAUGGCCAUGGGUUAUGCAUAAUAGCAAUUCGUUAAUUUCUUCCAGUUGAACCUUCGAAGGAAGUGACCCUCAAGUGCUGUCUUAUGUACAUAUGUCAUAGAAAUGUGUGAAAUAUAUACACACGUGCACUCAACAUAUAGAUAUAUAUUUAUUAUAUGUAAGAAUUAGCAGAAAACUGAAUAUAAGACUUAACCUUUCUGGAAAUGUAAUAAACCAUGUUAAAACUGUUUACACAAAUAUGCAAACAUGUAGAAUUUGCUAGGUUUAUAAUUAAUUACUUCCUACUAGAAAUGUUAUUUUUGCUGCAGAGUAUAUAAAACAGAAUUGAUCUUGAUGAUCCCAUUACAGUGUUAAAUUAUUUUCUAGAUAACGGCUUUUGACUUGAGAAAGCACUGGUUAGUAUAGUAUCUAUGGCUUCUCUUGCUCAUACUUGCUAUUUAAUAGUGAAGAUUUAGAAACCUGGUGUUGGCUUCAUGGUCGGAUUAGGACAAAACGGGUUUAUCAUUAUUACAGCACACUCUAAUAUCCUAACUUAACUAGCCAACAUUUAAUUCCCCUAUAUGAAAAUUUAGCUACUUGUGAUAGUGUGCAUUUUCAAUAGAGAUCUGAUAUGACUGUGUUAUGAUCUAAAAUGGGUGACAAUCCAGUGGGUUAAGAAUAAAAUGUAAACUAGUUUUCAAUGGGGAGUCACGUUAAAGAACUGAAAACGAUGGUAACGACCGAAUCUUUCUGUAUGACUUUUGUGUUACAUAGCACUCACUUUUGUUUGGAAGUGUAUCAUUGAUCAGUUUAAGUCUCUAAAUGUUGAGACCAAUUUACAUUGAAAAGUCUGACAACAGUAGUUUCUCAUUGAACCGGAGAAAAGAAACAAUUGUGAAUGGAAGACUCCAGUGAUCACAUAUUACUCUUCACUGAUGUGCCCCUGGGGGAUUCUUUUAAUCACAGUGCAGUAGGAAGCUGUCUUCCUGUGCAAAGGCAUUCUGCAUGAGUUUCGGAGCAACCUGUUGUCUUUCUCUCUUCUCUUGCCACAGCUUUAGAACCAAUGAGGGAGCUUUCCAUUUUCCAUAAAAAUAUAAACUAUACUCUCAUUGAUUGAAUUAAGAAAGUAUAAUAUUUACUUAAACUUUUCCCCAAUGGUUUUACUCACGGAUGUUAAUUAUCUGCAAAACUCAGGUAAAACACCUUUUUAUAUCCUAAAAGUUUCUUCCAGUAAAUCAAGAAAUGACCUCAGAGCGGAAGAAAUAAGAAGCAAAUUGGGCUGGGUAGGUGGCAACCCCACAUUGUAGGCUGUAUGGAUUUUGCUUUUAGAACCAUAUUUGGAUAGUGUUCUUGACUGAAGUGCUCAUUCCUUAUGCAAACUGCUGCUAGCUUCUUGGUUUCUGCACGGCUGCCUACCCUGCCACACUUCAGCAGAGACUCUUCCUUACUGGCCGCAUCCCAAGUCAUUUAGUGUUGUGUCUUUGAAACAGAAUAAAGCUUUCAGGACAAAAGAAAUGCAUGUGGUGUUCAGGAGUCCAUUUUGUGACUUCUCAACUAUAUUAUACAUUUCUUAGAAGAAGCAAUACAAAAAUUGCAAUAUUAUGAAAUUUCUGGAAGAAUAAUCAACAAAUCAGCCCCUUUAUAUAGAGUAUUUGUUAUCAUUUUUCUUUUAAAUCCAUGAUCUAAAAGUCAGGGAGUUGUGACUUAAAAUGACUGGUAAGUAAUGCCAACUCAGUUUGCUGGUCAUUCUCUUUCUUGACCUUAAAUUACAGAUGAUUAUUUAAUUUACUAGAGCAUAUGCUCUGAAACUUCUGUCUUGUACAGGAAGGGUGUAUUUAUUUAAAUAAAAAUAUAGAAUGUCCAACUUUAGGAAUUCUCACCUUAGAAACACAUAUUAAAAGCUAAGAGUAAAUUUAAAUUCAUGAAACUGCCAAGUAUUUGGUGAAGAAAUAUUGUUUUUCUAGCUACUCAAGUCUGGUCUCAUUUUGAGCAGCAGAAUUUCCUUGCCUGCAUUUUCCUGUUUUGAUGGGUCUGGUUGUGAGGAAAGCCAUGUGUUCAUUAUUUGUGUCCACUGCCUGGUGUGCUGUGGGCUGUGGUUGUCAUGGCACCAUUCCCCAAUGAGCAGCUAAGAGACAGCAUGGUGAUGAGCCCUGGAAAUCUUGGGAGACCAUAAACAGGUAUUAGAGGGCUGAAAGAACCCUUAGUUAUAUUCUCAUGAAGUUUUUAUUCAUAGGGUUAAGGUAUACCAAAAAUAUCUGAGAGUGUAAGUCUCUCUCUGUCUCUGUCUGUCUCUGUCUCUGUCUCUCUGUCUCUCUGUCUCUCUGUCUCUCUCUCUCUCUGUCUCUCUCUCUCUCUCUCUCUCUCUCUCUCUCUCUCUCUCUCUCUCUGAGUUGUCUGGGAAAACUCCAGAAGGUACUUGAUUUCACCAGAAUUUUUUAAAAGGCAGUUUGGUUAAAUUACAGUGGGAGUAUAUUUUCAUUUUGUUAUAGAAAGGCACCCAUGAUCAUUUGGCAGAGUUCAAGAUUGGAAUGCAUCCCCAAGUGAUGAUAGGGAUGAUUUCCAAAUUGUCCAAUAUCAACUUGUUCUAAAUCAGCACCUACAGACAUAGUCUAGAACAGCAAAUUAGUUUUCGCUUGUUAAACCAGCUUGUGGAUCUGAAUCUGUUAAAGGACCUGUUGAAUUUGUGCUUAGAUGAUUUUACCACCCACAAAAUUCAUUUUGUUAGCUUUCAUUUAUCUUUAAUAUAUAAAAAUAGAGUUAUAUUUGUAUCAAAUAUGAAGUGUAUAGGUAAGAAACUCUGUAAGAUGCAAAGGUCUAUCAUAUGUCUAAAUGAGGCAUAAAUACACAGAAGUUUUCGUUAUGCCUCCUCCCUAAAUUAAACCAAAGCAAACGAAAACCCCUUUAUUUUCACCUAGUGUUUAAGCAUCAUUAAAGGAUAAGUGGCUCCUAGACCUCAAGGAAAUGAUUCCUUUAGAAUUCUCCUUUUAGCUUAGAAAGCAGAUGCAUAUGCAAUUCUGCUAAUUUGAAAUUUAAGAUGUUUUACUAUAAAUUCAAUGCUUUCUUUCCUUUGACUUGUCAGUCACUCUGUUUAAAAAUUUUCUUAAAAAUCUAAACAUAUGCAAUACAUACCCCUUCACAAGUACCAAAAAGGUAGUUGCAUACAUUUUAUUAUUUACCUUUCUAUAAAGUACUGAUUCAUUAUUAACUACAUAUUAAAAAAACAAUAGCAGAUGUCUCAGGAGUGACAGAAAACACGUUCCUUUUCUCGUUGGCAAUGCUAAUUUGCAUUUUGAAUUUACUUGGUUCUAAGAAUUAAUAAUAAACAGCAUAACUAUACAAUUGUGCUCCUGUGACCUGGUCAUUUUUUGAACAUUUGUUUUUCUCUUUAAAUUGGGAACUUCAAGUUUGUAAAGGCCAUAUUACCUGCAUAUUAAUUAAUAGAUAUUUAAAUAUUUUGGACUAAUGAUUGCUUACGAAUACACUUAAAAUAUAGAAAACUAUUUCUUAUAGCAAAACUAUUCCAGGACUGGAGAGAUGGCUCCAUGGUUAAGAGCACUGGUUGUUCUUGUGGAGGACCCAGGUUUGAUUCAAAGCUAACAUGGAAGUUAACAACUUGUCCUAAAUCCAGUUCCAGGGCA